AUGGCGCAGCCACGCAUCCGCUUCACGAGGGCCUGCGGCGCCGCGGCAGGCGCCAGGGGCAGCCCGCGCGCCAGAACUUCCUUGAUCGGCAGGGCCAUGCUAGUGCUGCGCGAUCAGCGCGCGGCCGAAGAUGCAGCGGGCGAGGCCGACCAGUGGCGGACCCGCGGCCAGAACGCGGUGGAGGUCAUGGCCAUUUCCUUUCUGCAGUGGGCAUUCCUCGCAGAAGGGGCCGCCCUCCCAACGCUGGGCGCCCCCGGCGCGGCCGGGGGCGACUCCAGCGCGGCCCGGCGCCUGCGCGCUCGGCCGCCGGCCGCGCACCACGGCCGCUGGCGCGCAGAGACCGCCCCAGGAGCGCGCGGCGCGGGCCGGGCGCUCAGGCCGUUCAGCAUGAUCAGCGUCCGCCUGCCCGGCCCAGCCGAUGCGUGGAGGCUGGCCGCGUGGAGCAGGCCCGCGCGCUCUGCGAUCGUCUUCGUAGCCGGGAACAUGGACCGCUGCGCGAGCCAGUCCGCCCUUGGAAGCCUCCGCUGCGCGAGUGCUAGGCACAUGCUCGCGGCGGAAGGCGUCGUGCUCGUGUCGAGCCUUAGGCUCCAGCGUGCGUGGGCGGUGGCGUCCUUCAAGGCGCAUAUCGAGAAGCACUUGCCCGCGGACGGCAAGGGCGUGUGCUUUGCCACCGCCUGGCUUGCGACCGACAACGUGUUCGUGGCGCUGAUGCACGACCACUUCCCCAAGAUCCUAAAUGGCAUGACUUUGGUGGCCAUCGACACGAUGCACCUGUUUGACACGACCCGCCCGUGCGCCGAUGCAGUCGAGAAGAAGUACAACAAGAAGGCUCUGUGGAAGACCGUCGAUGGGGUCUCCACCCGUGAAGAGUUCAACGCGAAGUACGGGGACUGCGAGGAGAUGGACACUGCGGACUUCGAUUUCGUCAGCAAGGUGGAGCCGUUCCAGCGGGCCCUGACGGAGUGCAAGAAGGAUAUCCUCAUCACGGGCCGCCGCAUGGACCAGGCGGCGCAGCGCAUCUCGCUGGACGUCUGGGAGGACGGCAAGCGUACGCUGAACCCGAUGGCAGAGUGGUCGUGGAGCGACAUUACUGCUUAUGCGGACGCCCAUGGCGUCCCGGUCAACGAGGGCCACAGCUACGCUUACCGCGCGCAGGCGCCGAUCGAGGCCACCAAGCGGCACCUGCCGGACCUCCCGUGGGAGAAGGUGCCUCUGGGCAAGCCGUUCUGGCAGUGCUCGGAGAAGGAGAUCAAGGGCGACCCCCCGGCGCCCAUCACGUACGUGUUCAAGUCUUUCGGCGACAUCCACACCACCGUGCCCGUGGAGCCGCACGAGAGCGAGCGCACGGGGCGCUUCGUGCGGCAGGCGAAGACGGAGUGCGGCAUCCACACGCGCACCACCACGGCGGGCUCUCCUCACGGCGGGGCGCUCAUGGACCUGAUGGUGAAGGACGCAGCCAAGGCCAAGGCGCUGGUGGCGGAGUGCGCCGCAACCAUUGAGCUGAACGAGAGGCAGGCGUGCGACGUAUUCUGCCUGGUGAACGGCGCCUUCAGCCCCCUCAAGGGCUUCAUGGACGAGACGACGUACAAGUCCGUGGUGAAGGACAUGCGCCUUCCCGAGAAGCAGCUCUUCGGCCUGCCCGUCACCCUCGACGUGAACGACACGUCUGGCUUCAAGCAGGGCGACAAGCUCCUGCUGAAGUACAAGGGCAACGACGUCGCUGUGCUCGAGGCCUCCUCCAUCUACAAGCCGGACAAGACGGUCGAGGCCAAGGAGUGCUAUGGUACUUCCAGCAUCGAGCACCCCACGGUGCACGCUCUCGUGCAGGACGUGGGCAAGUACUACGUCGGCGGCAACCUGCACGGUAUCACGAGCGUUCCGUUCCCGUACCCCGUGCAGACCCCCAGCGAGGUGCGGGCUGUGCUCCCCGAGGGCAAGCCCGUCGUGGCCUUCCAGAACAGGAACCCCAUCCACCGCGCGCACUUCGAGCUGCUGAUCUGCGCCCAGCGUGACGUGAAGGACUCCAUCCUCCUGGUGCACCCGACCUGCGGCCCGACGCAGCCGGGCGACAUAGAUGGCGUGGUCAGGAUCUCGACCUACGAGGCGCUUAAGGCGGAGACCAAGGAGCAGUUCCCCAUGUUCCGUUGGGCCUACCUCCCGUACAGCAUGAAGAUGGCGGGCCCCCGCGAGGCGAUCCAGCACAUGAUCAUCCGGAAGAAUUUCGGGGCCACGCACUUCAUCAUUGGUCGUGACAUGGCCGGAACCAAGAGCACGGUCACGGGCGACGAUUUCUACGGCGCGUACGACGCGCAGGAGACGGGCAAGAAAUACGAGGCGGAACUUGGCAUGACCGUGACCCACUACGAGAACAUGGUAUACGUCGGAGAGGAAGAGGGCUACGUGCAGGAGAGCGUGGCCAAGAAGUCGGGCAAGAAGGUCGUGAAGCUGAGCGGCACGGAGUUCCGCAGGAGACUGCGCGCCGGCGAGGAGAUCCCCGAGUGGUUUGCCUUCAAGUCCGUCGUCGACAUCCUGCGGAAGGCCGGGGACAGCGCCUUCUGCUGA